AUGGCUACCAAAUUGACCACCCGCCGUCCGAUCCUCUGCCAACUGACGGGCUUCACCCCCCUGGUCUCCUGUCGGUCUCAUUCAGGCUUUGGCGGAAUCACCUUGAAUCCAGCGACAGACGCCAGACUCCGUGGUAUCCGACGGAGACAACUUCAGAACCAACAAUUCGAGGCAGAGAGAGCCCGGGAACAGCGAGCCUUCGACCUACAGAAACAGCAGACCAGAACCUGGCAACCCGGCGACGUAUACUCCCCGCGUGAUUUGAGCCCAGCAGAAAUGAAGAAAUGGAAGAAACGGCGCAACCCUACGACUGAUAUUUUCGACGCUCUAUCGCUGAAUCCUCUACACAUGUAUAAGAACAUCGCCGUUAUGUCUGAAUACGUGACCGAGACAGGCCGGAUCAAGUCAGCGAGGGAUACUGGCCUACGACGAAUCAACCAAAGGAAGCUCUCCAAAGCUAUUAGGAGAGCUGUCAGCAUGGGACUGAUGCCUAGCGUUCACCGGCAUCCGGAAAUUCUCAUGCUCGAAAAGAAGCUCUAA